AUGGCUGCCCCCGAAUCGUCACCUCGCCGGCCCACGCGCACCCCUGCAAGACCUCGCGCGGCCUCAUCGCAGAACAUGGACUCUGAACCUCCCACGAAAAGAAGAAGAUAUGUCCCUGGUGGUCCCGGAGGUGGUGGACGCUGGGUCGACGAGGAAGGCAACGAGACAACAGGCCCCUCUACUUCUGUGCGCCGACACCGAUCCGUCCUGACCGGAGAUGACAACGAUGGAGACAUGUCGAGUCCAAGAACUGUUCGCCGCCCACCUCCAUCUACACGUCCGCGCAGAGACCGAGAUCGCAACCGUGAUCGCCGACCAACUGCGACCCCCGACCCCGUUACAGUAGCGCUGCUGCUGCAGCCGCUGCAAGUCAAGCCAGUGACGGAUACAAACCACGAGAAGAAAGGAGCUGGGAAGAAUUUCAUCCGAACCUCGAUGUCGAUCAAGGUCUUACUCUGUUCUCAGCCGACUAUGUAG